AUGACAGAACAAAGGGACCUGAUGGUGGUCAAUCCAGACAAGAAAACGUUAGCGCAGCAUCUGAGCACACCAACCCACUGCCACGGUCGCUUGUACACUAUUGCAAUGUUAGAUAAUGAUAGUACUUGUAGUCUGGUUCUAGCAAGUACUGCAGACAAGCUUAGUCUUGAAGGCUUGCAGGAGCGAAUAGUCUUGAAUGGGAUUCAAGGACAAUCUGAACUCAUUUCCAAGCGAGUAAACAUGCAAGUCAGCCGAGUCAACAAAGUUUCACCACGCUAUGAUGUCAGUAGCGCGUUAGUAGUGGACUCGUUAAAUGUUCCGCAGAAAAGUAUCAAUUUAACAGAUUUGAAAUCCAAGUGGUCUCAUCUAAAGGACGUGGAUAUUGUUGAAGCAAAUGGUUAUGAAGUUUCAAUGCUCAUUGGCAGUGACUGUCUGGAUAUCAUUCUUCCAAUCGAAACAAGAAUUGGCCCGAAGGGAACUCCAGUUGGUGUUUGCACAAAGCUUGGGUGGACAAUAACCGGUCCUAUGCCAGAACAUGUUCGAGAUUCUGAAACCAUCCUUUCCAUACAUGUCCCACCACCAGAUGAGGAACUCCAUAACAAAGUGAAGUUUUGGUGGCGCACGGAAGAGUUUGGUUGCAAAUACGACAUAGAUACCCAACGUUCGAUUGAAGAUGAACAAGCUAUGCGCUUCUUGGAGGAGACGACGAAAAUAGUUGGCGGAAGAUACGAGGUGGGACUCCUUUGGAAGGAUAAGCACUCUACCAUGCAAGAAAAUCGGCAUGUUGCAGAGCAGCGGCUAAAGCUACUAGACAAACGUCUUCAAAGAGACCCAGAUUUGGCUGAAGCCUACAAGAAAACGAUUGAGAGUGAUAUGAGCAAUGGAUAUAUCAGACAGUUGUCGGAAGAAGAAGCUGCGGCGCGUGUGAGUAAACAGUGGUAUCUACCGCAUCACCCAGUUCUCAACCCCAAUAAACCAGGAAAGGUACGGCGGGUUUGCGAUGCUGCGUCAAAGCUCAAUGGUUCCUCCCUGAAUGAUCAUCUGAUUGCAGGACCUGAUUUACUGAACUCUCUUAUCGGUGUUUUCAUGCGAUUUCGGGAGGAGAAAAUUGCCCUGUCGGCAGACAUUGAAGCUAUGUUCAAUCAAGUAGCUGUUCCAGAGGAUGAUCACGCCAAGUGCUCACCGACCUGUUCCAACUACGCUCUUCUUCGGAAUGCCAAGGACAAUAGUCAGUUGUAUCCAGAGACUGCUGCAGCCAUCGAACGAACCUUCUAUAUGAGAGGGGAAUUUCGUUUGACGAAAUGGAUUUACAAUGACCGUGAUGUGAGCAUUCCCGAGCCUGAAAGAGCCGCCUCAGUUAAAGCAAUCAAUGAGUAUACAGCUAUGCCCACCGAACGUGCGCUUGGUGUUGGUUGGGACACGCAGCGAGAUCGUUUCGUGUUCAAAGUGAAAAGAGGAAACCCGGCAAUCACUCGACGUCAAGUUCUGAGUCUCAUUGCCUCGUUAUUCGACCCCCUUGGAUUUCUUGCACCCUUUCUAGUAAGGGCAAAGAUAAUCCUGCAACGAAUCUGGCAGUUUGGCAUUGGCUGGGAUGAUUGUUUGCCUCAAGGCAUAACUACAAAUUGGAAAGACUGGGAACGUGAACUUAGUAUGCUUGCUGACUUCUCUGUUUCCAGAUUUUACCGUCAAAUCGAUGAUAAGCCGAUCACAAUUCAACUACAUGUUUUUGGAGACGCAAGCGAACUUGCCUUCUGCUCCGUGGUAUACCUCCGCUUCACGUAUGGUGAUGGAUCGGCAAGUGUGUCCUUUGUUAUAGCGAAGACCCGGGUAGCUCCAAAGAAGCAAUUGAGUAUCCCUAAGCUAGAAUUACAAGCAGCAGUUCUCUGCACGAGAUUAGCAAGUGUGAGAGCCGAUGGCUCACUGGUCCAGAUUAUCUACGAGAAGAAGAACAAGCAUGGCCGGAGGAUAAAAGGACCAAAUCAGUAUUGA